AUGAGUGCCUUAAAGAAGUUUAAUUUAAGCAACCACUACAACUACUGCAAAAACCACAACUGCUACUGCUCCAUCUACAACAACUACUGCAUCAACUACAACAACCGCUCUAUCCACAACAACUACUGCUCCAACCACAACAACUACUGCAGCAAAACUACUGCAGCAACUAGUACAACUACUGCUGCAACCACAGCUAAUACUGCAGCAACCAGUUCAACUAUUGCUCCAACAACAACUACAACUGCUCUAACCACAACUACAACUGCUCCAACCACAACAACUACUGCCCAAACUACAACUACUGCUCCAACCACAACAACCGCACCAACCACUACAACUACUGCUCCAACCACAACAACCACUACAACUACUGCCCCAACCACAACUGCUCCAACCACAACAACUACUGCUCCAACCAGUACAACUACUGCCCCAACCACAACUAAAACUGCUCCAACCAGAACAACUACUACUCCAACUAUAACAACUACUGCAGCAACCACUACAACUACUGCUGCAACCACAACAACUACUGCAGCAACCACUACAACUACUGCUGCAACCACAACUACUAGUGCUCCAACUACAACUACUACUGCACCACCUACUACUACUACUAUUACUACAGCCCCAACUACAACAAAUACUGCUCCAACCACAACAACUACUGCAGCAACCAGUACAACUACUGCUGCAACCACAACUACUACUGCUCCAACCACUACAACUAAUGCCCAAACUACAACUACUGCUCCAACCACAACAACCGCACCAACCACUACAACUACUGCUCCAACCACAACAACUACUGCUCCAACCAGUACAACUACUGCCCCAACCACAACUAAAACUGCUCCAACCACAACAACUACUACUCCAACCAUAACAACUACUGCAGCAACCACAACAACUACUGCUGCAACCAGAACUACUACUGCAGCAACCACAACUACUAGUGCUCCAACUACAACUACUGCACCAACCACUACUACUGCCCCAACUACAACAACUACUACAACUACUCCUGCUCCAACCACAACGACUGCACCAAGCACUUCUACUGUCCCAACAACUUCAACUGUACCAAUCACUACAACUACUGCUGCAACAACAACUACUACACCAACCACUAGUACUACUGCUCCAACCACAACUACUGCACCAACCACUACAACUACUGCUCAAACCACAACUGCUACUGUUCCAACUACAACAACUACUACAUCAACUACCACAACUACUUCUCCAACUACAACAACUACUUACAACAACUGCUGCAACCACAACUACUACUGCAGCAAGAACUACAACGACUGGACCAACCACUACGACUGCUCCAACCACAGCUAUAGCUCCUCCAACCACAACUUCUGCUUCUUCAACCACAACGACUGCACCAAGCACUACUACCACUGUCCCAACUACAAUUACAACUUCCUCAACCACAACAACUAA